AUGUCCGCUUCCGAGUCCAACCGAGAGAUUGUUACAUACGAGGUCGAUCCCUCGAAGAAUCCGGCGGCCUGGGGGCCCGGACCUGUACCCAAAGGCAUGGUCAUUUACAAAGUCGACGUCAUCUUUAUCAACAUCAACGCGGGAUCCGACUUUACCAUAAUGAGGACCGGCACGAACGAGUCGGUCCACACUGCCAUCACGCAGGUGACCAAGCAUAUUGCGCGGGGAUUUUAUCGCGUGGUCAGCCUGCAGGCCAGCGAAUACUCCUGUGUGGUGGUUGUGUCGACGCAGAAGUCGCAGGAGGAUCUUGAGCGGAAGGGCUUCCCUUGGGAUGUUGAGGGUGCAUAUGAUGAUGAGCCUGUCGUUCUCAAAUAG